GUCGUGCAGGUCCACGGAUGGGAGCUGAAUUGCCGCGAGAAGGUCUCAGCUCAUCAUGACGUCGGCUAGUCCGUCCUGUAGCGGUGCGGUCUCGGUUGUACUGCUAUGGGUCACCCCGUUGUGUGUCGCGAUGUCGUCGUUCGCGGGUUGUUCACAAACGAGCUGGGCCUACCCCUGUCUGCAUCCAAAAUCGUUAUGUCCUUGGCACUCUUCCAAAUCGUCAAGACUCCCAUGCGAGAGAUCCCAGAUAGCCAUUAUGGUGGUCGUUGAAGCCAUGGAGUCACUAGAGCAGCGCGUUCUUGACUCUAGCGUACAACCUCCAGCCACGGAUGCACUCUGCCUCAAUCAGCCGUCCCACUGACAGAGCAACGGCCUCGACCGGCAAAUUCGCAAUUUCUAUCGACAACGGCCAGUUCACGUGGGGGGACGGAGGGCGUGGCCGUCGUGAAAUUUGCAGAGUCCCGCGGCAACCUCAUCGUAAUCCACGGCAAG